UCAGUCAGUCAGAGGUGUCGACUCGACAUCUAGUUCCUUCCGGGCCGCUCGGUCCUCCCCCUCAGCGCGUUUGUUCUUCUGCCGCUCUCUGCGGGCCUGACGCUCCUCCUUAGCCUUACUUGCGAAUGACUGGCCGGCCGCCUUGAUCUCCUGGAUCUUGAUUGACGUCCUGCUGGCUGGUUGGCGCUGGAUGAUGAACAAAUACGUACAAGGAUAGUAGAACCUGCACACAACGAAAAGGGGGACACGACAGACACAUGGCCAACCCCGCCUCCGCCUCCCAUCACGCACACCACACCCUCACCCGCCACCCACUCGACUCACCCGCAAUUCUGCCCGAUAGAUAGCGACGAUCUCCAUCCAUGUGUUCGGGCAGCCCAACCAGCGAAGCCGAGUACCUUCCUGCGACAUUCUCAGCGACAGAGACACCACACCCGCUCCAGCAGCUUAGCUCCAU